AUGACGAAAAAUAUUAUAUUUCGAAGAAACGAGAAUCAAAUAAACUCUGCUAAAUCUAAUUUUAAUAAAGAAACCUUGAAUAAGGAAUCUAGAUACAAAGGAAAGAGUUCACAGCUUCUCCUAAAAAAAGAUCGAAAAGUUAAAAAAGAUACCUCUAUAUGUAUCAGUGACAGUGAAAAUUAAGACCUAAAAAAUCUUAAUAAGUAAUUUGACACUUCGAUGCAAGAAAAACAAUCAUAUAAAGUAUCUUCUUCUCAACAGAUGUUCGAAUCCUCCCUCUUCAUCGCGAGUAAAGAUUAUAUGAUUGCUGAGAAGCUUUUUUAUACUGUAACUCAAAAAUGGAAGAAAAAUUGA